CACCAGCAACAGCAGGGGAGGCAGCUGCGGUGGUGCGGCGGCGGCAGCUGGGGCAGCGGUUGAGGCUGCGGAUAGAGCAUGUGCAGCACCUGUCCGGCCUCUCCAACGUCUCCUCCCUGCUCGCCCGCUCCUGCCUCAUCCCGGUGCCCAACCCGCUGCACCUCCUCACAGACCACCCCGCCCUCCUCACACCCCGCCUCGGCCCCACCCGCGCCGCCCGCGCCUUCCCCCUCGCCUCCCUCGCCGCCGCCGGCCUGCGCCCCGCCCUGGCCUCCGACUGGCCCGUGGUGUCCCUGCAGCCGCUCACCUCGCUGUACGCGGCGGUGCUGCGACACGCGCCGCCACCCGCAGUGGAGUGCGCCAUGAACCGGGGGCUGCCGGCGGGGGCGCGGCACAGGGUGG